CUAACGCUCGUAAAAAAAAAUAAGACCUGUUUGCUUUUUUUUUUCCCUUCCACUCUGUCCUUUCUUUUCUCUCUUUGUGCUUUUUUGUUUGUCUGAAAAUCGCCCGCCCUUUUUUUUUUUCCUCACUCUUCUUUCGCUCCCCCAGGGUAUCCUAGGCAACACCUACGAAAAGCAACAUCAACAAACUCAAUUCCAACUGAAUGUCGGCGUCGAUUGCCCAUCUACCGACAACAACACGCAAUUGGCUUCCCAUGCCGACUGGCAUUGAGAUUGACGAAUCGUUUUCACGAGAUCUACUUUUACAGUUUGAUAAACGCCGGUCGCGUUUACAUGUAGAAAUGGCCCAGUUAGAGAAUCGACAUAGUAUCCACUUUAUACCGAUCAGUCCAUCACCUACUUCAUCAACGGGUCGACAAAGCACAACAACGCAUAUUCAAGGCCAAGAGGGGCCGACCCUCAUCGGCUCGCCACCGGAAGACCCACCGGAAUCCCCGCAAAACCAAGAUGUAGAUGACGACGACAAAGUCAGGCGACGUUCAUCCGCUGGUGACCUGCUCCGGCGCUCUUCCGCUUACCUGAGAGCCAAAUGGCGUAUCUUACGAUCCGAAGAAUCGAAUGACUCGAGCGCGUCAUUACCCGCAACACCAACCACACCCUCGAAAAUUGCCAUCAAUACGACUAUUUCAAUACCUCAUUUCCACCCUAAUAACAACCAACAACAACGACAACAACAGAAUCACACGAGUCGAAUGAUACACGCCCAUUCUAAUAAUAGUCACCAUCACCAACCAGCAACAACAGCAACAGCAGCAAUGCAUUAUGCAACGGUCCAACCACCUGUCAUUACACACUAUCCUCCAAAGCCAUUGGUGUAUGCACCUGUAGAGCUGAUCGAGGACUAUGAUGACCAACAGCACCAGCAGCCACCCCAAAGUGAGCCGAAUCAUCAUCGCAAUAACCAGCGUCAUGCUUUACAUCGAAUUUCAUUGCCUAUCUUGGGAGGCAGUAGCAAUCAUCAUCAUGGUUUAGGUGGUGGCUACAUGCAUCACAAAAAGAAACGGCGCUUUUCCGAUUCGGCUGAUCAUCAGCAUCAUCCGCAUCGUCCAACAUUGGACACACUGGGUCAAAAGGCAAAACGAUGGACCCAGUUUAUGAAUUGUCGUCCUCUCAAGAAAUCGAAAAAGGGCAAAGAACGAGCAGCAGCAGCUGCUGCAGCAUCGACAGCGGGUGGCGAACCUUCUUCUUCUUGAUGAUCGUAAACGCUUAUAUCUAAUCUUGAUGAUA